CAACUUCCGGCAAUUUUCAAUUUGUUAAAUCUAAGUUAUUAAAGCGAUUUUUUUAAAAAUAAUUGCGGUUCAGUCGGUCUGAAACAAUGUGGAACUUAUUAAAAACUUUUGAAAUACGGUUACUUUUGCGGACUGUCGCUUUAACAGCUUACAAUUUUUUUAAUAAUCCUUGUUCAUCAUAGUAUGGCCGAUGUUGUGUCAUAGAAAAAUGCAGGAGAUUGUGCAAUCCAAUUGUAAAUAUAUUUCAUAUGGGAAUAUAAAUUUCUUAUGUGUGUAUUAAUAUGGAAUCAAAGAAAUCUUUCUCUGGUAUAUGAAGUUCUUUAUCAGUGAUUGUUUAGCUUACUGCAGGAGUAAGCUUGUGGUCUGAUCACACCUGGAAUUGUUGGAUUUCUAUAGGAACAUUAUAAAUCCAGUUUUCUGUUAGUUCAGCAGUUAUUGGAAAAAAAAUGUUUCCAAUGCUCUUCAUGAAUGCUGAAUUCUAAUGGAAAAGCUAAAGGGGCAGUCAGCCCAUCAGACCCGGUCAUCGAGAUGAAUGGACACACCAAGAAGGAUAAAGGGGGGAGUGACAAGAAAGGUGAUGGCGACAAGAAGAAAGAGUAUCAGGAAAUGGUCUCAGUCUUCGAAGUGUUCAAGUAUGCCACAUGCUUUGACAAGUUUUGCAUGAUCCUUGGAACAAUAUGUGGCUGUAUACAUGGAGCAGCAUUCCCAGUAAUGAUAAUCGUGUUCGGAGAAAUGAUCAACCUGUUUGUGACCACAGGGUCCAUUGAUGAUAUUGUUGAGCUACUCAAGAGCUGUGGAGGUCUAGUGGCUUUGAAUGUCACUGGUGAAGAUAUCCUCAAUGACCCAUCAUUACUUUACUCCAACAAAGACUUCAUCAGAGAGUACACGACAGCUAACUGCAGCAGUGUUGUAGAUUUGGAUGCAACGAAUAAUGACCUACAGACCAAAUUGCUGGAUACAAUGCAGGAAUACGCCAUCUACUUUAUCAUCAUUGGAUGUUCAGUGAUAGUUCUGGGCUACGGACAGGUGAUGUUCUGGAUGAUUGCAUCUGAGAAACAGACACAUUUAAUACGAGAGCGCUUCUACAGGAACAUCAUGCGACAAAACAUCGGCUGGUUUGAUCUGCAUGAGUCAGGAGAACUCAACUCCAGAAUCACUAAUGACAUUUCCAAGAUCCAUGAUGGUAUAGGUGACAAGAUGGGUCAGUUCUUCCAGUGGUUUUCGGGGUUUAUAGCGGGUGUGGUUAUUGGGUUUGUGUAUGGAUGGAAACUGACGCUUGUCAUCCUGGCAAUCAGCCCCGCCCUUGCAGCUGCCGCCUUCCUCAUGACCAAGUUGGUUGGCAUGGCCUCAGGAGCAGAGUUGAAGGCAUACGCACAAGCAGGGGCCAUUGCAGAAGAAGUGCUUGGGUCCAUAAGAACUGUAUUGGCAUUUGGAGGACAGGCGAAGGAAAGCAUAAGGUAUGAGAGCCGUCUGUCUGAGGCUCACGAUAUGGGAGUGAGAAAGGGUUUCGUUAGCGGAAUCUCCACAGGAGUGGUGUGGCUCAUCAUAUUCUGUGCCUAUGCACUCGGCUUCUGGUAUGGAGCCCAACUGUCUAGAGAUGAAAAGGAUGUUUACAACAUCGGCAACGUCAUGAUUGUAUUCUUUAGUGUGAUUAUAGGGGCAUUCUCACUAGGUAAUGCAGCCCCGCCCAUGCAGAGUUUGGCAGUAGCCCGAGGAGCAGCAUUUGUAGUCUAUAGUCUCAUUGAACAGGUUCCCCCUAUAGACAGUGCUUCGCCUGCAGGAAAGAAGCUUGACAAGUUUGAGGGGACAAUCAGACUGACCAAUGUCCACUUUAACUACCCAUCAAGACCAGAUGUUAAGGUGCUGCGCGGUGUUGACCUUGAAAUCUGUCGAGGUCAGACUGUGGCACUGGUUGGGGCUAGUGGGUGUGGCAAGUCUACCAUUGUACAGCUGCUUCAACGCUUCUAUGACCCAGAACAAGGAUCGAUCUUUGUGGAUGGCGUAAAUGUGAAGGAUCUGAACUUGAAGUGGCUACGAGAGCAUAUCGGGAUCGUGAGUCAAGAGCCAGUCCUGUUUGGAAACACGAUUGGAGAGAACAUACGCUUUGGCAACUUGAACGUCACACAAGAGGGCAUAGAGAGAGCGGCAAAGGAGGCCAACGCUCAUGACUUCAUCCUGCAACUACCUGAUAAAUAUGAGACGCUGGUAGGUGAGAGAGGGGCUCAAUUGAGUGGAGGACAGAAGCAGCGAAUCGCAAUAGCUCGAGCGCUCGUGCGUGACCCGAAGAUUCUGCUGCUUGAUGAGGCGACGUCAGCACUAGACAUGGAGAGUGAGGGGGUCGUACAGGAAGCACUGGAAAAGGCAAGCCAUGGAAGGACAACAGUGGUGAUAGCUCACCGCCUGUCCACCAUCAAGAAUGCAGACAUGAUCGCUAGUUUCCAGGACGGCAGGAUUGUGGAGAAGGGCACACACAAUGAACUCAUGGAGAAGGAGGGUAUCUACUACCAGCUCGUUACCAGACAGAGUACAGUCUCGGAGGAUGACCUGGAUGUUGAGAUGUUUGAGAAGCCCGAGGUUGAUCUUGUGCACUCCCCGGUUAAGCGUGCCCUGUCAAACCCCGGCAGUACAGGCCCAGCAAGCCCGGAUGAGACCACAGAGGAGGCUAAGAAGGAGAAGGUGAAUGCUGGGUUUGGGCGGAUCAUGCGCCUCAACGCCCCGGAAUGGUUCUUCAUUCUCCUUGGUUGCCUGUCAGCACUCAUCAAUGGUGGUCUCAUGCCCGCGUUUGCCAUCAUCUUUGCGGAAAUCCUGGGUGUGUUUCAACUCGUGGAUGAAGAUGAGCAGGAGAAGAAGAUCACAAUGUACUGCCUGCUCUUUGUAGGGAUCGGGCUGCUUAGUCUGGUUACUUACUUCCUUCAGGGAUACAUGUUUGGACGAUCUGGUGAGGCCCUCACACUUCGCUUACGAUCUAUUGUCUUCAAAACAAUGCUGAAACAGGAGAUGGCAUUCUUUGAUGACCAUGAGAACAAUGUGGGAGCCCUUUGUACCAGACUGUCAACAGAUGCCUCUCAAAUUCAGGGGAUGGCGGGAGUGCGUCUGGGAACGACCAUCCUGUCGCUGGGCAGCAUCCUGGCUGGGCUUAUUAUAGCAUUCAUCAUAAGCUGGAAGUUAACACUGCUCAUCAUUGCUUUCCUCCCUUUACUCAUGGUGGGAGGGAUGCUGCAGAUGAAGAUGUUGACCGGUGCGGCCGGCAAAAACAAGGAGGCACUGGAGAGCGCUGGCAAGGUAGCAAUUGAAUCCAUUGAAAACAUCCGCACUGUGGCCUCCCUCACUCGGGAGGGAAUGUUCCUUGACAAGUUCAUGCACGAGCUCAAUGGUCCGUUCCGUGAUGCCUUGAAGAAAGCCCAUGUGGUUGGUAUCGCCUUCUCCUUCUCUCAAGGAGUGAUCUUCUUUUGUUACGCAGCCUCGUUCUGGCUUGGGGCUUACCUUGUGGAGCAGAAGGAGCUGGACUAUGUGCAGGUGUUCAAAGCAUUCUCAGCCGUAGUGUUUGGUGGGAUGGCCAUAGGUCAGGCUAGCGCCAUGGCCCCUGAUGCGGCAAAGGCCCAGGUGUCAGCAGAACAGGUCUUCAAACUCCUGGACCGCAAACUGGCUAUUGGUGAUGAGGAGGAGAGGAAAAAUGCCAAAACUCCAGAGGGCAAGUUUUCAAGCACAGUCAGCUUCAAGAAUGUGAAGUUCCGGUACCCAACACGGCCAGACAUUGUGGUGCUUAAUGGGCUAGAUCUUGAGGUUGAGCCGGGCCAGACAGUAGCACUGGUUGGUAGCUCAGGGUGCGGCAAGUCCACCACUGUACAACUCACCGAGCGGUUCUACGACACAGAAAGCGGGGAAGUGAUGUUGGAUCAGUACAAUGUGCGUGACCUUGACCUAGCUUGGCUGAGAGGGCAGAUUGGCAUCGUAUCCCAGGAGCCGGUCUUGUUUGACCUCAGCAUCGCAGAGAACAUCGCGUAUGGAGACAAUACACGCCAAAUUCCCAUGGAUGAAAUCAUACAGGCAGCUAGAAGUGCCAACAUUCAUGACUUCAUCUCUUCCUUACCUGAUGGUUAUGACACAAAUGUAGGAGAGAAGGGGGCCCAGCUUAGUGGGGGUCAGAAACAGCGUGUUGCCAUUGCACGAGCUUUAGUGCGGAACCCCAAAAUACUUCUCCUUGAUGAGGCCACUUCUGCCCUCGAUACAGAGAGUGAAAAGGUAGUCCAGGAUGCAUUGGACCGUGCACGUGAAGGACGCACGUGCAUCGUAAUCGCCCACCGCCUCUCCACCAUCCAGAACGCUGAUAAGAUCUGUGUCAUCCGGCACGGCGUCGUCACCGAACAAGGGCGCCACUCUGAGCUCAUGAAGCAACAGGGCUUCUAUUACAAGUUAAACAUGGUCCAAGCCCGCACUAAAUAGACUGACAUAUGAUAGGCUAUGAAAAGACUGGCAACAUGUUUUUAUGCCCCCACAAAGUGGCGGCAUAUAGGGUUGCCCUUGUCCGUACGUACGUCUGUCUGUCUGUACGUACGUACGUCCCGAAGAUUGUUUCCGAUCUAAUUCUUGAAAACUGUUUGUCCAAUCCUCACCAAACUUUAAACACAUGUUUGUGACCAUAAUAUCUUGAUCAAGUUCGAUAGUCAUGGAAAUCGCUUUAGUCAUUUAGGAGUUACGGCCCUUUUUUGCCAAAAAUACUUCAAAAAUAUAUGUUUCCAAUCUAAUUCUUGAAAAGUAUGUGUCCAAUCCUCACCAAACUUUACAUACAUGAUUGUGACCAUAAUAUCUUGAUCAAGUUAGAUAGCCAUGGAAAUCGCUUUUGUCAUUUAGGAGUUACGGCCCUUUAUUUGCAAAAAAAGACUUGAGAUUAUCCUGAAUAAUCAUUAUGGCUUAUUUUCUGUGACAAAAAAUCGAAGUGGGGGCAUCCGUGUCCUAUGGACACAUUUCUAGUUGUAUUAGUUAUUGCAUUAUCAAAUACCUCAUGUGCUAACUUAAGAAAAACACCAAACCAACCAGAACUUAUGUAUAUAUAUUUUCAUAUAUUGUUAUACGUUAUUAUCAACCUCAAAUUGAUCAGAUGAUACCAAUAUUUCUUAUUACCAAAUGACAUAUUGUUACAAUUAUGCUGUUAUUUUUCAAGUUACUUAACUAUGAUAAAGUGUUUGUUAGCAUUUUAUCCUUCAGUUUGUUCUUUAAUUGGCCUUUUAUGGACUUUUGUCUUUAAUAUUAGAAAAUCCAAAUAUUUUGGAUAUGUAUAUUUUUAUUAAUUGAGAAUUCCUUAUCAAAAGCAUUAUUUUGUACUUUGUCAAUUGUGUUGAACUAUUACCCGGUAACUUAAUUUGCAGUUUGAGUGUGUUUAUUAAUCAUUUUUGUAUAAACUCAUUAUAUGCUUCAGGCUUUGUAAAUCUUUAGCCCAGAGAGUGCUUUUUAAGAAAUUUUAAUCAAGAAUCAUAUACCUUAUUAUGUCUUACUUAAAGAAUAGACACGAACACUAUGAACAUUAUGAACCUUUGUCUUCAUUAUUAAAUCAAUUUUCUUGACAUUAUUUCGUACCACAAAUCAUCAUACUGGCUAUAACAUACCAUAUUUAAUGUCGGUACCAUUUUUAUACUAACUAAAACUUUGUUAUGCUUCUUUACAUUAUGGUUGUAAAUUAUUAGCCAUUGUUUUAUAUGCACAAAUACAUGUAGUCCCAUAUCAGCGAGUUUAGGCUUACUCUUUAUUGAUGAUAUUUUUAUAAAUAGCUUGACCUCAGAUCUACUAGCAAUAUACAUGCAGUGCAAGCCUUCUGUUUGUCUGGAAAAAAACUGUAGUACCAUCCUAUUUUUUUAAUGGAUUUUCAUUUACAGGCAGGCCUAAGAAAUACACAUUCAUUGUACAUGCAAUAUUUCCGCCCUUUCUAUCACUGUCAGAUUGUUUUUGCAAUUGUUUGCAUUUGUCCAAUGUACAUGGAUAUUUAUUAAAAGUCUUUCUUCAAUAAAACAUAUCAUGAGGGUAUUUAAGAUGACCCUGUACCGGGUAAAAUAUCCUGGCAUUUAGUGUCGGCCCAUCUGACUAUAUUUUUUGCUGCCCCUAUGAGAACUGAUUUGGGUCUCCCCAAUCUCCGCCUACUUUUCGCAAUUAUCCAGCUAUUUACAAACAGAAUUAAACCCCAGAUCAUACAUUUUCUUGUAAGGAUGAAAUACAUCUACACUUGAUUUCACACAAGGCUUAAGCAAAUUGAAGCACUCAUUGUUAUCAUAUCGAUAUCAUAUUUGGCCCCACUUUCUCAAAAUUACUUAAUUGUUCAAAUUCUAAUUAAACACAUUUAAUCACUUUACAGUCUAGCAUGCUUUACAAUUAUAAUUGAUUUUAGUGUUAGAAACAUAUUUUCUGAUAGGAUAUAUUGAUGCAAUAUCUUGUUAAAAAAGAAAAGAAAAAAUGUUGAACAGCACAAAAUGUACUUAAUUAACAACUCAUGAAUAUUUACCAUCCUCAACUUUAUUUUGCAUAUUUGAUGACCCCAUAAAGGAAAUUCACACAAACUUUGGUUUUAACAGAAACAAAAAUCAAAAUAUGGAGGAAUCAGAAUGUAUUACCUUUCUAUUUACAAUAUACACACCAUUUAAAUACUCGGUUAUCUGUUUAAGAACUGCUGGGACCAGUUUUAAAAGAAACUUGAGGUAGUGAUAGGCUCAGUGUUGUCAUCAUGUGGGCCAUACAUGAAGCUCCCAGACCAUCAUAAAUAUAAAUUCUUGUAGUCUAGCAAUGCCUAUGACUGGCUGUUUUCUUCUCUAGUUAUGUCCCUCAGUUAACAGCUAAUAUCCACUUUUUGUUCAAACAUUUUGUAUGAUAUAAGAAUUUAAUACCUCUCAUUAAAAUUUUAUAUUACAAAUUUACUGAUUGUUAUCCAAAACAAAACUACAGCAGUUUGUGAAAUUUGGUCUUGCCAUUUAUUUUUCUUUAUAAAUAGAAUACCUGUACACAUCUUGUUUUCAGUCCAACUUUUACAAUUCUUUUACUUUACUUUUCUCAGUUUACUCAGUUUCCUUAAGGCUGGUAUUCCUUGAUCAUGCUGUCCAUGUUCUGUCUGCCUACGUUAAAACGGAACAUUAUAAAUAUUGUUCAGUCUGUUCCAUGUGUCUACUUUGCCUCUGGUCUAUGUCCGCUAUUGCACAGUUAGUGAUUUUAGAGAAUGGGACCAUUAAAGUGACAGGGUUUUGCUUUAAAAAAUAUAUAUAUAGAAAUAAUAGCAAAAACUCUUUCUGAUCAUUGAUUGAACUAAAAUACUUAAAAACACUGGUAUCAAUGAAAAAAUAUGUAUAAUGAAGUUUUUAAGUCUUUGUUCAAUUAGAAUGUGUUGUUGUUGUUUUUACAUAAAAUGGAACUUUUAAAUAAAUGCAUACCAAAUGUUUGUGUCUGUAAAUGUUAAUAACAAUUGUGACUAUUAAAAUAGAAUUACUUCAUAAUCAGAUGCUAUUUCUACUUAAAGAUAUGAUUGUCUACAUUAUUUUUUUGUGGAUAUGGAAUAUAAUUUCUGUUUUAAAAAUACUGAUGACAGAUGCUGACAGCGUGCUCAUGGAAAAUAGGCUUUAUGUUGCUCUGAGAUUGUUUUGUGAUGUUUUAAUAUUACUAAAGAUUGUAUUUUCCCCCUCAACAUGACACAAUCCAUGCAUGUACAAUCCUGCGUUGAGCUGUUCUACAUGUUGCUCACCUUGGAUCAUGACAUAAAAACAGCUUCUUGUAUAAUGUUUAUGUAUGGUUAUUAAAUGGUUCAAUCAAUACCUGUGGUGUAUAUGCAAUGCUAGAAAAUUUUGUACAACAAAUGUCCCCGACACAAUGUAUUGUUGAAAUCCAUACUAGAAAGAGCCAUUCUUACAUUCUGUAACCAUUACUUACAUGCUAUUUUAUUUUGUAUUUUAUGUUCUAGUGUAUUUACAUGUCGAUAUAAUCAAUGUACAUUGUAUAUUCAGAAAAUAGUUGUUUUAUUUAUAAAUAUUAUGCUGCAUGUCCAACACUGAACAAAUAUGUUUUAGAAGUCUUCUAAUUAUGAAAUAAAAAUCAGCUGUUGGCAUUUUUAACCUGGACAAGACGUGAUGACUUCCUUUAAACUAUAACAGUACUUGAACUUUCCCAAUUAUGAAGGAAUGUCAGGCUUUUAGAUCUGCCUUAUGAAUGAAAAUGGAAUUCUUGAAUAUUAGAUUUAUAUUUAUGCAUCAAACUUGCAUGCCAUGGGAAAUUUCAAUACCUUUAAUAUACUGGUUAUGCUUAGUUCUACAACAACUGUUGUAUCGCCUACGGGUUGACAUAGACGGCUUGUGUAUAUACAAUGUCAUGCUAGGUCGGAAGGCAACAUUUUGCUUGAAUGAAGACUUAAAACAAAGAUCAAAGGCCAGUCUGAGCCUCUUAAAGAGCCCCAUAUUCCUUUAAUUACCGGAUUUUGAUUAGGCGAUUGGGUUCCGCAAACACAUUGAAAAACUUGUUUUCGAAAUAAUCUUUUGACAGUGCUCCAUUAGGCAGCAGUUUUGUAAAAAGGUUUGUCAAAGUAUUUUAAGAAACUAAACUCUCUAUUUAACUCUGGUAAAAGACCAAGGUGGGGCUCUUUAAGUGGCGUAGCCUGCACUAUGGUUAAUUUAAAAUGGUGAAGAAAUGAUAAUGUUAUCUUUGUUUAAAGGUGUCAUUCGAAGCAAAAUUUUGGCUUCCAAGGAAGCAUUUAUGACGCAAUUUAUCACAUGGUAUACACAACCCAUUUUCAUGGUAAUAUUUAACAAGAUCGUUAUCAAUUAUGAACAUAUCACAGUACACUGCAUUGUUUACCAAGCUGAGAUAACAUCAUAUAUUGAUGGCCACUCUAAUAAAGAAUCUCAUUAUUGACUUUGUUAUGGUAAAUUAGUUUUUAUGCCCCCGAAGGUGGGCAUAUUAAAAUCGCACCGUCCGUCCGUCCGGCUCUGUAACUUUCCCUUGUAUGGACAGAUUUUAAAAUAACUUGCCACAUGUGUUCCACAUACCAAGACGACGUGUGGCGUGCAAGAUUCGUGUCCCUACCUCAAAGGUCAAGGUCACACUUAGUGUUUAUUCACAAUGGAGUGCUGCAUAUAAGGACAUAGAGUAUAGGUUGUCGUGUCCGGGCUGUAACUUUCUCUUGUAUGGACCGAUUUUAAAAUAACUUGCCAUAUGUGUACCACAUACCAAGACGACGUGUCGCGUGUAAGACCCGUGUCCCUACCUCAAAGGUCAAGGUCACACUUAGUGUUUAUUCACCAUAAGAGUGCUGCAUAUAAGCAUAGAGUAUAGGUUGUCGUGUCCGGACUGUAACUUUCUCUUGUAUGGACAGAUUUUAAAAUAACUUGCCAAAUGUGUUCCACAUACCAAGACGACGUGUCGCGUGCAAAACCCGUGUCCCUACCUCAAAGGUCAAGGUCACACUUAGUGUUUAUUCACCAUAAGAGUGCUGCAUAUAAGCAUAGAGUAUAGGUUGUCGUGUCCGGACUGUAACUUUCUCUUGUAUGGACAGAUUUUAAAAUAACUUGCCAAAUGUGUUCCACAUACCAAGACGACGUGUCGCGUGCAAAACCCGUGUCCCUACCUCAAAGGUCAAGGUCACACUUAGUGUUUAUUCACAAUGGAGUGCUGCAUAUAAGGACAUAGAGUACAGGUUGUCGUGUCUGGGCUGUUACUUUCUCUUGUUUAGACAGAUUUUAAAAUAACUUGCCACAUGUGUUCCACAUACCAAGACAAUGUGUCACGUGCAAGACCCGUGUCCCUACCUCAAAGGCCAAGGUCACACUUAGUGUUUAUUUACAAUGGAGUGCUGCAUAUAAGGACAUAGAGUAUAGGUUGUCGUGUCCGGGCUGUAACUUUCCCUUGUAUGGACAGAUUUGAAAAUAACUUGCCACAUGUGUUCCAUAUACCAAGAUGACGUGUCGCGUGCAAAACCCGUGUCCCUACCUCAAAGGUGAAGGUCACACAUAGUGUUUAUUCUAAAUGGAGUGCAACAUAUAAGGACAUAGAGUAUAGGUUGUCGUGUCCGGGCUGUAACUUUCCCUUGUAUGGACAGAUUUGAAAAUAACUUGCCACAUGUGUUCCACAUACCAAGACGACGUGUCGCGUGCAAGACCCGUGUCCCUACCUCAAAGGUCAAGGUCACACUUAGUGUUUAUUCACAAUGGAGUGCUGUAUACAAGGACAUAGGGUAUAGGUUGUCGAGUCCGGGCUGUAACUUUCCCUUGUAUGGACAGAUUUUAAAAUAACUUGCUACAUGUGUUCCACAUACGAAGACGACGUGUCCUGUGCAAGACCCAUGUCCCUACCUCUAAGGUGAAAGAUACACUAAGUGUUUAUUCACAAGGGAAUUCUGAAUAUAAGGACAUAACAGUGUAGGUUGUCAAGUAUGGGUGGUAUUUUUUUAUGUUAAGAGGAAAUUUAAAAUAACUUGCCAUAUGUAUUUAACACAUAAAGGCAAGAUCAAUUUUUCAUGUACUGACCUUGUUCGUAGGUCAAUGUCACAUUCGGGGGCAUUCGUCACAUACUGUGACAGCUCUUGUUCAUAUAGAAUUUGCUGCAGUAUAUUUGGGUAUGGCUUGAAAAAUAGUUAAAAAAGAGAGUCUUAUCUGGUAAAAAAGUACUAUGAGAGACUAAACUAAAUUGGUCAAAAUAGUUUGAAAUAAAAAAUCUCAGGAAAUGUUAUUGAUAUUCAUUUGCAAUUUUUUGUUUAUUGAUCAUAUUAAGUAUACACAUACACGGUCACAAUAUUAGUUUAUAUUAUACUUGUAUUUUGCAGUUUCAUCAUGUUUUUUAUGUUAUUGUUUUACUUGUAUCUAAUAAAUGUUGUUUAACA